CGCCACUACUCCGCACACGCGAUCACCGUGGGGCACGGGCAGGCGCGCGCUCUCUCUCUCUUUCUCUCUGUUUCUGUCUCUCUCUUCCCCCCUCUCUUUCUCUCUCUCUCUGUCUCUCUCUCUUCCCGAAUGCCUCCUCGCCACCGCUGCCACCCGCUAUUUCCGCGCGACGCGUGCUCGCCGCACGAUCGGGACGCGUGUGCCCCGUGAGUGUCGCCGUGUCUCGCCGUGAGAGGGUUGAUGAGUGUGCGGUGCCCCAGUGCCUCCGAUCGGCGAGAAGCGGUUUAGUGAUUGAAAAACCAAAAAAAAAAAAAAAGGAAAAGAGAGAAACGAGGGAUGAUAUCACAGACGAUUAUUUAUUCGACGAUGCGAUUGUUCACAAGUGGAUUUUCAAUGUGAGCCACGCGCUCGCGCGACGGUGGAUUGUGCGAUAAGAGAAACUGGAGUAUAUAGUGCACCGUGAGCGGUUUGAUUCUCGAUCGCCCACGCAACGAUCACGCGUAGCUGAACGAUUGCGGCAAGCAACUCGGAGGCGGCAAGAAAUCGGCCGGGAUCAUCAUGGAUUGGAGUCGGGGGAUCGGACUGACCAGCUUAUUAUUGUUCUGCCUCGGACGGAUCGGGGAAACAAACGGCCUGAGGAUGCUGGAACUGAUAGUGCCGCAGCACGCGGUACUCGGGCAAAAUGUAAGCCUCGAGUGCAACUUUAAUCUGGACGGCGAGAAGCUGUACUCGGUCAAAUGGUACAAAGACGGCAACGAGUUCUACCGAUUCCUACCCCAGGAGAAGCCACCUGUUAUGGUGUUCAACCAUCCCGGUGUCACGGCAUACAUUCACGAAUCCACCCAACGAACGGUCGUUCUUCGUUCUGUGAACCUCAUGAGCACGGGACGCUAUAGAUGCGAGGUUUCAGCGGAGGCACCAUUCUUUCAGACCGUUUCCGACCAUUCGGACAUGACAGUAAUCGCCUUGCCGGAGGACGAACCUGUUAUCACGGCACGACCUGGGAAACAUCGUUAUCAAGUCGGCGACGUUGUGCGGUUCAAUUGCACUUCGGCGAAGUCGAAGCCACAUGCCACGCUCAGCUGGUUCAUCAACGCCGAACCCGUCGAGCAGCAGUUCUUGAGACCCCACCCUCUCGUCAGGGACCGGAACGAUCUGGAGACCUCCACACUCGGUCUAGAGUUCCGUCUGCGCCCGAAGCACUUCAAGAAGGGAGACUUGAAGAUCAAAUGCCUGGCGAGGAUAUAUACCGUAUAUUGGAAAUCGAAUGAGCUCAGCAUAGAGGGUGAGAGGCCUCUGAAGAUACCGGUAAUGGAGAGCAGAGAGACAAGGGCGCAAGGGCACACGCACGCCGAGCAUAUCCUAGCGAGCGGAAGUAUAGCGUUAGGACCAUGCGUCGUGCUGGUGAUCAUGGGAUUACUAAUGCUUCGGUAAGGAUCAAGGACACCAUACUCCAUCUUCGUGCUCACCCUUCCCAGAUAUGCGAAAGCCACCCUCGUAAUGCGAUAUGAUUACGUCAUAUAAAAUUACCCAUGUUGUUUAUAUUUUUUAUAAUUGCAAUUAGUGGAGUUAGAGACCACAUACUAAUCAAUAAUAGGCAGACGACACUAUCGAACUACGUUAGAACUUCAUUCGAACGUUCAGAGAAGAUUUUCGUUGCAAAGGAACAAUGGAUUCUUUUUCUCUUCUCAGAAGUGAUAAAAAGAUUUUGGAAGAUUUGCGGUGACCUCGUCGUUCGAUUUUCGAAUUGUAUCUCGUGUACAGUGCGUGACAUAAAAAAGCCGUUCACUAGGAAAAAAUAUUUCGUUGUAACUCACGAAAAAUUUGUUUAAAGUGUACCGAAUAAAACUAUUUAGUUAAUAUAAAUAUUUAGUUAGUGUAAACAAAUAUUUUUGUAUGUGCAUGUACUAACGAAAUAAAAAAAAUUUAGUGCCUUCAGCGAAAGCUGUUUAGUUGAGGCAUUUUUUAACAGCAAUCAAAAUUUUUUGUCAAUAACAAAAAAUUUAAUUGCUUCUGCAAAAUACAUGUAAGUGAAAAAAAUAUUUGUUUAUACUAAGUAGUUUUUGUCCAGUACACUUUAACCAAAUUAUUUGUUGUUACAAUAUUUUUUCUAGUAUUGUUCCAUGGUCGCAUGAGACGUGCCACUGCAAAAUAAAAGUGCCAAAAUUCUGCAAAUGCAUUUUACAGUAUGAAUAGGUUACAAAUAUUCUGUCGCAUACUAUAAUAUCGAGGAAAAUACUGUUACAAGUGAAGAAAAAUAAAACAUGCAACUUAAAACAAUUUGGAUUUUACGUUUUUGAAAUUUUAACAACUUUAACGUUAUUUUUUAAAUUGGAAUUUGAUUAAAAUUUUUUUAUCGAAAUUGCACUGAGAAACCCAUUUAAUUGAAUGAAAUCAAAUGUAAUUGAAUCAAUUAAAUCUGUUGUUUGGAUAUGGACAAAUGCUUUAGUCGAUGCAACAAUUUAGUUGGAAAAUUUAGUAAUAUUAACAAAAAUAUGGUUACAACAAAUCAAAUGCUAAUUAAAAUAACUGUAUCCUAUAUGGCCCACGUAAGUUUCACGUUUUUUUUUUCUAUUUUUUUGCCGAGUCUAAAUUAGAAACACAAUCAAAAAAAUUCUAACUUUGAUCUCACUGCCAAUAAUAGAAUACAUAAAGUGAACUGUUGCAAACAAGUCACGUUGAUAGCCUGUACGAUAUACUGCCGUUAUUUGUUCACAUCAUGUAAUGUUAUUAUAACUACUUAGAAACAGAAAGUAGGCCAUAUAGGAUACAGUUAUCUUAUGUGUAGCUAAAUUUGGUUAGUAUCUUAUUAAAUUAUAUUUUAAUCAUUAAAUCAAGUUUGCAUAUUAAUAAUAUCAAAUUUUCAAAUUAAAUUUUUUAUUGCAUCAACAAAAAAUUUAAUCAACUAAAUGUUGAUUAGAGUAUAAGAACUCUGAAGUCAAAAUAAGAACCGUUGAAUCUAGUUCGAGUUAACUACAAAAGCAUCACCUUUGCAAAGUGUCGAGACUUACGCGGGUGCAUUAAUUAUAAUGCACCGCAAGGUAUUUUUCUUACGGGAGAACGUUUUCUCUAAGGGCAAUGUCCUAUAUUGCUUAGCAGUCGCGAUACAAAUAUAAAUUAUUUGAAACACCUUGAAAAAAAAUACUUAAAAAUUUACUUGACAUAUAUUUCAUUGAAAUAAAUCUUUAUUUAAAUAUA